AUGGCUGCCGCGUCCUCCUCUUCGACUCUACCGCUCGGCAAAUACCUGUCCUCUACAGAGAAGUCUAUUCGGGACAAGGCAAUCCAAAGCCUAGCGGCGUUUCUAAGUGAGCCCGCGAAUGCGCGCAUGUCGCCUGGCGAGAUGGCUAAGCUCUGGAAGGGUGUCUUCUAUUGCUUCUGGAUGUCAGACAAACCGCUCGUGCAGCAGGCACUUGCAUCUGAACUCGCGGGUCUGCUUCUUGCGAUAGAUUCGACGGAUGCAGCUCUCGGCUUCUUGGAGGGCUUUUGGACAUGUAUAGUUAGGGAGUGGAGCGGAAUCGACAGGCUACGAAUUGACAAGUACCUUAUGCUCAUCCGGCGAUACGUUAAUGCCUCUUUCCGAUUGCUUGCACGCGGAGGAUGGGAAGCCGCAGACGUUGAAGCCUAUAACGCUAUCUUAAUGCGGCAAGGCGGUCCACUCUGUCCCACAGAUCCCCGCGUUCCCCCUUCACUAGCGUAUCAUCUCUGUGACAUCUACCUCGAGGAACUGGAGAAAGUUUUGAGGCGCCAGACUUCCGAGGAAGACGAGGAUGAAGAUCGGAACCUUGCGCCGCUUCCUGAUCUCCUGUCACCAUUCGUAUCACUAGCUGCGCGUACACCCACGAAGGCGACCGUGCAACGUAUACAGGAUACUGUACUUUCGCCUCUUUUGUCCGCCCUUGCGUCAUCGCUGUCUCCAUCUUCCCCAACACACAGUGACAGCGAAGAGGAUAAUGAGGGUGGACGCCGUGCAAAACGCCGGAAGGUGGAUGACGAUGAGUAUGGCGAUAUUGUGCGAGGAUCGUGUGCUAGCGUUGGAGGUGGAGAGGGUAGUACAGGUGCCGGAGCACUGCACGCUGCUGUGAUGAACCUCGUAUGGGAUACGGCGACGAAGGAAGAUGCACGAGACUCGAAUCGGAGACGGUUGUACACGUUCUGGAAACAACAUAGGUUGGACGAUGGUAGUACAUGA